GUGCGUCAGAUGAUCAGGAUCAGGGCACGCACAACCUGGAGCCGCCAGACCACGUGACUCUCCGGGCUCAAUAAAACUGCGAAACCCCGCGGCUGAUCAACAACAUUGGCACGAUGCAUUCAACUUGGAAAGGUCUGACGGUGGAAGGCUGGCUGCUGGUUCUUUUCUGUACUGUGGCUUUAGCUAAACUGGACUCCAGUCUGGACAGGCACUGGGACCUAUGGAAGACAAAAUAUCAGAGAAAGUAUCAGAAUGAGGUGGAGGAGUUGAACCGCAGAGCAGUGUGGGAGAAGAACCUGCUGUACAUCAACAGACACAAUCUGGAGGCGUCGAUGGGUCUUCACUCCUACACGAUGGAGAUGAACCAUAUCGGAGACCUGACUAAAGAAGAAGCCCAGCAGAGGUAUACCACACUUAGAAUUCCAAAGGAUUUUAAGAGGAAACCAUCUGCGUUCAAAGCCCCAUCUGCAGGUGUCCCAAGCAGUGUAGACUGGAGGAAGGAUGGCUAUGUGACCAGUGUCAAGAACCAGGGCAGUUGUGGCUCGUGCUGGGCCUUCAGCGUGGCUGGGGCCAUGGAGGGUCAUUUAUACAGAACCACAGGAAAACUGGUGGACCUCAGCCCUCAGAACAUGGUGGACUGUGCUGGAGGAAAAUACCAGAACAUGGGGUGCAACGGGGGCUAUAUGCACAAAGCCUUUGAGUAUGUCAUUGAUCACGGGCUUGAGCCGGAAGCUAAAUACCCCUAUGAAGGAAGAGAUGAUAAUUGUCGAUACAACGCUGAGUACAGAGUAGCUAACUGCUCUUCAUACAGCUUUGUGGAAGAGAGGAACGAGACGGCGUUAAUGGAGGCUGUUGCUACUAUUGGUCCUAUUGCUGUUGGAAUUGAUGGUGAUCUGAUUUUUUUCUAUUCGUCUGGAAUAUUUUCUGAUCCAGCCUGCAUUGAAAGGGUAGACCAUGGAGUUCUGCUUGUAGGGUAUGGUACAGAUAAUGGUGUGGACUACUGGCUGGUGAAAAACAGCUGGGGACCUGAAUGGGGAGAAAAUGGCUUUAUUCGGAUCGCACGCAACAGGGGCGAUAUGUGCGGCAUUGCAACCUAUGCAACCUACUGUAACAUCUAGGACCUUCCUGCCUGCCCUCAUAUAUGGGCUUUCCCCAUCAUAAUAAUAAUACAACUUUUACAAUAUUUGAAUGUACAGGACCUGUGACUUAUAUGAUGCAACUGUUCUCUAUAUACUAACGCCAGUCCCGGGAAAACUAGGGUUAAAAAAUGAUACACAGAUACUAAUCAAUACUAAAACUUAGAGGUGUAAGACAUAUUGAAAAUGUAGAAUAAUUGUUCUUCUUGAGAUUUGUCAAAUGUAGAUUAUGUAUUUGUAUUAUGUAUUAUGUAUGUAUUUUGCCUACAACUGGGUGAUUUUUAUGAAAACCCCAUUUAGAAAGGACCCAACCACAAAAAAUUUAGUGCCUUAAAGUGCCUUAAAGUACACUUUUAUCUUUGUAAGCAUCAGACUGAGAUCUGAACUCAUUAACAUACUUUUGUAUGUAUUUUAAACAUUUUUAUUAUAAAUUUUUUAGUUUUGUUGUGAGAAGGUUAGUACAUGUUAUCAUUACCUCAACACAAAAUUACCUCUUCAUUUUUCUAAUAAAUAUGUCCUUUGAAUUAUUUCAGAAACUGUACAGUAUUUUCCUUUUUGUAUUUUGCCCAAAUGAAAAUAACAGUCUUCAUUAUGUGCAUUUUUUAAAAUAAAAGAUCUUUUAAUGAC